UUGCGGGGUAGGCGGAGCCGGAAGCGCGGGGGGCCUGGAGGAGCCAUGGGGGUGAAGCUGGAGAUCCUGAGGAUGUGCCUGUACCUGUCCUUCCCCGUGGCCGUGUUCUGGGUCUCCAACCAGGCCGAGCUCUUCCAGCGUCACGUGAUCGACCGCAAGAGGGAGAUUUUCCCGCCGGACACCCCGGAACGGCGCCAGGCCAUGGCUGAGCUGAAGCAGCGGCUGCGGGAGAGGAAGGGGACGCAGGCGUGAGGGGACAGCGGGGACACGGCCACCGUGGGACACACGGCCAGCAGGGGACACACGGCCAGCAGGGGACACACGGCCAGCAGGGGACACGGCGGUGACAGCAGGAGCAUGGCAGUGACACCGUGGGACACAGGCCUGGGGGGACAGCAGGGACACGGCCACCGUGGGACACACGGCCACCACGGGACAUGGCGGUGACAGAGGGGACAUGGGGGUGGCAGCAGGGACACAGCAGUGACAGUGGGGACCAGUGACAGUGGGGACACGGCAGUGACAGAGGGGACAUGGAGGUGGCAGCAGGGACACAGCCCAGGCAGAGGGGACACGGUGGUGACAAGAGGGCAUACAGCAGUGACAGAGGGGACAUGGCAGUGACAGAGGGGACACGGUGACAGAGGGGACACUGCUGGCUCAACGUGGCCGUGCUGUGACAGCAGCACCGUGGCCCUGGCGGUGACACAGGACACGCCUGGCACUGCCCUGUCACCGUGGGCACACCGUGACACCAGUGCCACCCGUGCUGGUGACAGAGGGGACAGUGCCAGCACCCGAUGGCAUCGCUGUGACUGCGUUGGUGACAGAGGGGACAGUGACAGCACUCAAUGGCAUCGAUGGCGUCACUGCGGCAGCGUUGGUGACAAAAGGGACACCUGGCAGCGUCCUGGUGCCAUCGCUGUGGUGGCACUGGUGACAGGGGACAGCAGCAGCACCGUGUCACUGUGGCACGACCUGGCGCUGUCACCGUGGCUGUGCUGGUGGCAGAGGGGACGAGUGACAACGGCCGAUGGCAUCGAUGGCAUCGCUGUGGCAGCGUUGGUGACAGAGGGGACGGUGACAACAGCCGGUGUCACACUGACUGUGUUGGUGACAGAGGGGACAGCGGCAGCAGCUGAUGGCGUCUCUGUGACCGCGUUGGUGACAAUGACAACAGUCACUGUCACACGCUGUGACCAUGUUGGUGACAGGGACGUGUGGCAGUGUCCUGGUGCCAUCGCUGUGACAGUGUUGGUGACAGAAGGGACAGGUGACAACAGCCAGUGUCACUCGCUGUGGCUGUGUUGGUGACAAUGACAACAGCCAGUGUCACUUGCUGUGGCUGUGUUGGUGACAGCAACACUCGCUGUCACCGUUGUCACUGUUGUCACCGUUGUCACUCGCUGUCACCAUUGUCACCGCUGUCACCAUUGUCACCGUUGCUGGCCACACGUGGCCACAGCUGUGCCCGUGGUGGUGGCACAAGGGACACGUGCCCUCGCCUGAUGCCACCACGGCCAUGUGGCCCGCCCCCGUGUCCUGCGCUGCUGGGGACACGUGUGUGACGCAUGUGACGUGUGUGUGGCGUGUUUGGGGACACGUGCCACCCCGGCUGUCCCCACCCCAAUAAACGGCGCUGGCACUGCCCGCAGGGUGUCCCCAGGGUGGCACCAGGGUGGCACUGCCGUCCCUUAGUGCCCCUCGGUGUCCCCUGGUGCCACCCCCACGGGCGUCCUGUGUCCCUUGAUGUCA